UGUACAUUGAGUGCAUUUAUGAAUCCCCAACAGUGUCUGGUCAUAGUUGAGAAAAGUAACAAGGGCUCGAGUUGGGUUAAGAAACCAAGGCGAAAGGAUAGCAAAACCAGCUCGUGAGAUCAGAACAUCUUAGAAAGUCUAUCAACACUGACAGGAUAUUGAUGAUGGACUCGGAGGAGCCCGAGGAGCAUGAUAGUGACGAGGGAGAAUAUCAAAGCCUUGAAGAGCAGGACAUGGUCCAGUACAGAGUAUGCUACUCUCAUCCAAAGUACACCAAGGAGUUGGAUUUCUGUAAAAAGGAAGACGUUAAGAAGAAGAGAUGUCCGGCAGGUCGUUCAGGGAACAACCCUGGGAGACAGAAGCGGGUUGUGUCGUGUAAGAGGAAGACCCACCAUCUCAAUAUCUGUCGAAGGAAGCAGCCAGCCACAUGGAAAACUUAUGAUGUGGCCAACAAGGAGAACGAAAUGGCCUGUGUGCAGGACAUGGAAGAGAUAUUCUAUAUGGACCCAUGGGAGUUUCCACUCACUGUCCCUCAUCCUAACAAGACUGAUGAGGCUGGUUCAAAAAACAGUGACUACUUCACAGAGUUGUCAAAAGACCACAACACAAUGACAGAGGUGCUCUUUGGAAGAAAUCUGAGACUGAGUGUAGCUUUGACCCUGUGGCAAAGAAAUGUUGGAGAACUGCUUACGUAUUUUUUAAGGAUCCAAGACACUGGUGUGUUUGUUGAUUUUCUUCCAGUGAUAACAAAAAGCCUUGAUGGUGAGUCAGAGUCACCCAGCGUUUCCAUUGGCUGUUGUGUUGACCUUUUCCCCCUAGUGAAAAAGGUCCUCACUACUCCAUAUGAAGAGCACCUGGUAGCUGGUUUACGAUUGGUACAAUCAGUAUUAAGACAUUGGUGGCCAGAGCUCUCAGCAAGUGGAGGAACUGACACACAUUCUAUGGAUGGAAAUAUCCAAGUGUUCAAACAGCAGCUAAAGGAGUUUUGGAACCAGGAGCCUCAUUUGAGUUCAGUUCCAGGAAGUGCAGGUGAAAUAGCAAAGGUUAUAGACUAUUACCUGUUACAAUUGCCCUGAUCGCAAUGGUGGCCCAUGCCAAGCUCCAGUCCAGUCCUGAUGACUUGUCAUUGUAAAGUUGGAAACCACAUACGAACACAAUAGACUUGUGAUACAAUGAUCUGCACUACUUGACUUUUGAUGUGGGGAAAAGCAUUACCAGAUUAAUUUGAGGGCUCCUAAACAGUGCCCAAAGAGUGCCUGCUGAAGAGUGCCAGAGAGCCACUCCAGACAAUGAUUGUUCCUUGUUAUUUUUUAAGAAUUUUAAUUACAAUUUGAGAUGACCAACCUUUGUCCAAAAUUGCUAACAUGACUUCACCUCACUAAAUUUCAAUGGUAUGAAAUUAAUCCAAAGGAUGAAAGUGUGUGCAAUUGAUUGGUUACAGUAGAGAACCAAUUGAAGUUGUGUUGGAUGAAUUAAAAUGGUACUUGAAAUUGUUUUAUUGUAAAUUAAUACAUUAUUUUGAAAUGAAAAUGCCAGUAAUGUUAUGUGACACCUUUGUGUUCAGCCAGGCAGUUAUUUUUCAGAGUGGAAUGGUUGGCUGUUGGUUGAUGGAGUCGGAGAGAAAGGGUAGAGAGAGGGAGUACACUGAGUGGUGAGAGAGAAGAGAUGAGUCUCAGUGGGAGCAUGUUGGCCAGUGCCGACAGCUCCAGAGUGACUGUCAGCCAGGUAGCAGUACAGCACAAUGAGUUAUUAGCAACCGCCACUGCCCCGAAAGCAAAGCUGAGGUUUUCAUGUAUUUUUAGUCAGGCUAUACUGAAAUACUCCAAGCCCUAGUUAGAGCCGAACUAGGGCUGAGAGUAUAACUACGUUUUUAUUUGUCAGGUCACAUGGUUAGGAAAGAUUCCUUCCGCUAUUCAUAAGGUACUUGUAUGUGUUGUCUUAGUGCAGAGGUCCUCCAAAAUAAUGAAGAAAUGUGUUUCAAUUGUGAGAGCAAAAUUGCAAGAUUACGUUAUAAUACUUUUAUUGCAUCAAAUGGUUGUUCUAUUCAACAGAAUAGAGUAUUCUUAUCUAUUGUGUGUGUGUUCUACUGAGGAUGGGCCUCUGGGAGAUAACACUGACAGGAGAUUUACGUGCAGGUGACUGUAUCAUAACCUUCCCAGACAAAUUGCUAGAAUGCUUAGAAAAUGUGUUGGUGGUUGAAAUAGGAGACAGUGCUGAGUUUCUUGGAAGGAGGCUGAGCCAGUGCUAUAGCAGCUGGUCAUGUGCAGGAACCCAUACAAUGAGUUAUUGCUUUUAUGCUUCUUGGUUUAUGUAGAAUAUAUGCAUUUUUGACAUGUGAAUGAAUGUUCUUAAAUCUUGUAAUUUUCUUUUAAGUUGAGAGGACUCUCGAAAUGGGGGAAUGCGAGAGCAAAGUUGCAAGAUCACGUUAUAAUACUUUUAUUGCAUCAAAUGGUUGUUUCAUUCAACAGAAUAGAGUAUUCUUAACUAUUGUAUGUGUGUUCUACUGAGGAUGGGCCUCUGGGAGAUAAAACUGCCAGGAGAUUUACGAUGUCUUUUGGGUGAUAAAACCUAAAGAGCAUUCUAGAGCAUGGAUUAAUGUUUUUGUUCUAUACCGUACCAGGGAGAGAUGGUUCCAGUUUGGAGUCGGAGUGACAGACACUGGUCUGUACAAUGAAAACUGUUGACACAGCAGAUACUGUCUGCUAUGUAUUAUAGGUAUCUUUCAUACAAAUCUUAACCUUGUGACCCAUUCUAUAUAUCUGUUGUUCGUCAUGUCGGUUGAAAGGGGUGUAUGUUGGCAAUAAAAGACCUUUGUACUUUUGUCUCGGGGCUCUCAAGGAAUCAUCAGAGACGGUGAUUCGUCGACCAGCCAUCGCUAUUGCAAAGCUCUCACUAAUAAAGAUUCAGUUUAAGUA